UCGUUUCUCAUCUAUGUUACAGAUAGAUCUAUGAUUGUAAACGAGCUGCGAGCUGUGCAGCGCAUCCUCUGCCCUCUGCCUUGCUCCGCAUCUGCUUUCUGCCACUCUUUCGCUGGUUUCUCGGUGGCGAGAAUCAUUUUUUUGGAACAGGUGCAAGACGCGUGAUCACGAUGUUGUCUUGGGUGCAGGAGGCAGCGAAAAUGAAUCCAUUCUCGUCGCCGUUCACGCAGGCCAAAUGUCAAGCGUUAAAGGACGAAGGAACACGACCGCUGGUUCCGAAUCGUAACAUCGUUGCCGCCUCCAUCGAGGAGGAUAGCUGUGAAUUUGGAUCAAAUAAAUAUUUCUUAUUAUGUGGUCUCGGAGGCAUUUUGUCUUGCGGUAUCACUCAUACCGGUAUUACGCCUUUAGAUUUAGUCAAAUGCCGAAUUCAAGUGGACCCUGCAAAAUAUAAAUCAGUGUUCAAUGGAUUUCGGGUAACAUUUGCCGAAGAUGGUGCCCGGGGAUUGGUGAAAGGUUGGGCACCCACCUUUUUCGGCUAUUCUGUUCAGGGAAUGUUUAAAUUUGGUCUCUAUGAAGUUUUCAAAGUUCAAUAUUCAGCAUUGGCUGGUGAAGAACUAGCUUAUGAAUACAGAACUUCGUUAUAUUUGAUAUCAUCGGCUUCUGCUGAAUUCUUUGCCGACAUUGGUUUAGCGCCGUUUGAAGCUGCUAAGGUCAGGAUACAAACUAUGCCCGGAUAUGCUAACACUUUGCGACAAGCAUUGCCAAAGAUGUAUGCAGAUGAGGGUCUUACCAGUUUCUAUAAGGGUCUAGUACCACUAUGGUUGCGUCAAAUCCCUUACACAAUGAUGAAAUUUGCCUGCUUUGAGCGCACCGUCGAACUUCUGUAUAAAUAUGUAGUACCUAAACCUAGAGCAGAGUGCAGUAAAGGUGAACAGCUAGUAGUCACUUUCGCGGCUGGAUACAUCGCUGGUGUAUUUUGUGCCAUUGUAUCUCACCCUGCCGAUACGGUGGUAUCAAAAUUGAACCAAGAAAAAGGAGCGACUGCGGUCGAUGUUUUGAGGAAACUCGGUUUUGGCGGCGUAUGGAAGGGUCUAGGACCGAGAAUUGUGAUGAUCGGUACCCUGACUGCAGCGCAAUGGUUCAUUUACGACGCCGUCAAGGUCUGGUUGCGCAUGCCCCGCCCACCACCACCCGAGAUGCCAGAGUCCCUCAAGAAAAAGUACGGGCUGGCAUAAACGCUAGAAAACAACGCGUACCAAUUGGAGCGUCAGAUUUAGAAAAGAAAACAUGUAAAACCAUUUCAAUUUGAUCUUUGUGCCGUACCAUUGUUGAACAAUGUGUCUCGCCACUUAUUUUCGAAUAUUUAUUCUAUGACAUACAAUACAGCAUCAACAGGCAACACUGCCGCAAAUUACUAGAAAAAAUAAUCGUGUCUUACAAAUAGGAAAUGUAUAGAAUGCUAAUUAAACCGGCUCUAUAAUUAUAAAAGGCACAGUAAAUUUAAUCUUUGCGACAGUUACAUCAAGUCACUCAGAGUAACUAGAAACUGUCACAUUGUACAUAGGGUGAUCGUUAUAAAUAAACAAAACGAUUGCUCAAUUA